UCUAUCAAAUUAGAGAUAUUGUAGAGGUUAUAUAGUAAUGACUGUACGUGAACAAAGUCAAAAUCUCACCUCCUCCCAAACAAUAAGAAAAUCGAAGCUAUACAACAACAAAACACUGAACAGACUCCAUACACCUACCUAGCUAGCUUCUCACUAUAAAUAUAUAUAUGACCUGACAUCAUCAUUUUCCAUCUAACUUUCUCUCCAUCCAAACAGAAAUACUACUCCCUAAACUUCACUCAAAUAAUGGCCGCUUCUCCAAUUUUUAUCCUCAUCCUCAUCGUCUCCGUCGCCGGAACCCAUUCCAACGAUUCCAUCGACAAAACCUGCAAAACCACAAAAUACUACGAUCUGUGUGUCUCCUCUCUCAAAUCGGAUCCCACGAGCAAAAACAAGGACGUUAAGGGACUCGCGACGAUCAUGAUUGGGAUCGGGAUGGCCAACUCUACUGCCACGUCGUCUUAUCUGUCGUCUCAGUUGCUCAGCGCCUAUGGAAACGACGUCGCAAUGAAGAAAGUUCUGAAGGAGUGCGCCGACAAGUACGGCUUCGCUGCCGACGCCCUCCAGUCUUCUGCUCAGGAUUUGGUCGCAGAGAACUUCGACUACGCUUACCUGCACGUGACCGCAGCCGAAGAUUACCCCAACGCGUGCCGUAACGCGUUCCGACGAUUUCCUGGCUUGGCUUAUCCGCCUGAGCUGGCGCGUAGAGAAGAAGGCUUGAAGCGUAUCUGCGACGUCGUUUUGGGUAUAAUCGACAAUCUUGGUGAAUAUUGAAAGUAAAAAUUGUAUUCUAUCUACUUGUGUACUGGAGGGUAAAAUAUUUAUAUAUAUAUAUAUUGAGAUAGGCUAUGGCUGGGGUGGGACCACGGUAAGAUAUGAUGAAGAGGUUAGAUCUUAGGCAUGUGAAAACUAUUCCAGUUUCAGAAACCAAUGGAGUUUGGAUCGAGGCUCUAAUGUAUGUUUGUUCUUUUGUUGUAACCCGUGACACAUGUUUUGGAAUUUACCUACCUAUAUAUGCCUACUCAAAGCUAUCUUCCAAAC